UUUGGUGUAUUUGAUGGGCAUGGAGGUGCAAAAGCUGUUGAGUUUGCGGCAGAAAACUUGGAUAAGAACAUAAUAGUCUUAAUAGAUGAAGUGAUGAGAAGGGGUGAUAAGGAAAUUGAGGAGGCCGUCAAGCAAGGUUACUUGAAUACGUACUCUGAUUUUUUGAAAGAAGAUGUACACAGUGGCUCAUGCUAUGUGACAACGUUGAUCAGGAAAGGGAACCUUGUUGUAUCUAAUGCUGGUGACUGUCGUGCUGUCAUGAGCAGAGGUGGUGUUGCUAAGGGAUCUCUGGCUGUGUCUAGAGGGAUUGGUGAUUGGCACCUUAAACAAUGGGUCAUAGCAGAGCCGAAUACAAAAGUCAUUAGAAUCAAACCAGAAUAUGAGUUCUUAAUCUUAGCAUCGGAUGGUUUAUGGGAUAAGGUUAGUGAUCAGGAAGCAGUAGAUAUUGCUCGUCCUUGGUGCAUGGGCAUUGAUAAACCAGAACCAUUGACUGCCUGUAAAAAUCUUGUAGACCUUUCGGUUUCACGAGGCUCUGGUGACGAUAUAAGCGUGAUGCUAAUCCAACUGCGGCGCUAUAUUUGAUGUUCCCGUUACCUGCAGAAUAGGAAAUCAAACUGACAUAUUGGUUGAGGAAAUUUUCAUUCUUUGU